UUUCUCUGAAGCAUCUUUUGGGAAAUGGGCGGAUCAAGUCACAUCCGGAUAUGUUUCCCGUGCUUUGGGAUAAGCUGACUUUUGAAUUGGAACAGUACUUGGGCAGCGACUGAUGACAUUUCACAAGUCCACGAGAACACAAGUACGGAGAAGAACGCAUAUUAAGAAACGACCACGGCCUUACUUUCAUUAAGUCUACACUCCAGAUUAGUGGGUGGCGGUAAUGCACCCGGAAGCUGUUUGCCAACCGCUAUAAAAAGCUAAAGAAGAAGAAGGGGGCGGGGAACUGUUGUUCUCACUUCCCAGUUUCCGGUCGGACCAAUACAUUGGGAACACGACAUGGCGACCUCCUUGCUGCGGUUAGGGCGACUGGGUUCCCUCAAGUGUCUCCAGCUGGAGAACCGGGCCUUCCUGAGGAGCCGCUCGGCUGCUUGGUUCUGCACUCAGGCCGAAGAACCAGCAAAGCCGGCGAAAAAGACAAAGGCUGUGAGCAAGACAGCAGCGGCUCCAGAUGAGAGGGCAACCCUGCUAGCUUAUAAGACAACAGUUCCCUUCCCAGCUAGUCUUUUCCCAACACACACUGAACCACUGGCCAACCCCAGUGCCACCGCAGACACAGCGCCUCUCACUGCUACCAGUGGAGCUGAGUCAGAGGCAGCAGCUCCCCCAGCUGCUGAGCCAGAUGUUGCUCAGGUUAUUGCUGACGCAGCUCCCCCAGCUGCUGAGCCAGAUGUUGCUCAGGUUAUUUCUGACACAGCUCCACCUGCAGUAGGUGCAGCUGCUGAGCCAGAUGUUGCUCAGGUUAUUGCUGAUGCAGCUCCCCCAGCUGCUGAGCCAGAUGUUGCUCAGGUUAUUGCUGACUCAGCUCCGCUAGCUGCUGAGUCACAUGUUGCUCAGGUUAUUGCUGACGCAGCUUCGCCAGCUGCUGAGCCAGAUGUUGCUCAAGUUAUUGCUGACGCAGCUUCCCCAGCUGCUGAGCCAGAUGUUGCUCAGGUUAUUGCUGACGCGGCUCCCCUAGCUGCUGAGCCCCUGGUUGAUGCAAGCAAAAAAACUUCAGCACCAGACGACACUGCAGUCACCGCCACAGGUGAUGCAGUCCCAGCUGCCGCAGCCUCCUCUGAGCCUGGUGAUUCAGCGGUUGACAGAUCAUCAUCCUCAUCGUCCAGCGACUCUGACUCUAACUCUGACUCUGACUCUGACUCUGAAGUGAAGACCGAAACCAAGACCUCACCACCACAGGUGUCAGAAUCCACUGUGAAAGAAGAAGCAGAAGUCCAGGAGAACACAUCAGAGGUGAAGGAAGACAAUAAUAAAGCUCAGAGGGAAGUUCCACCAGAACCUGAAGCUACUCCCGCUUGUGCUGCUGAGGAUGCCCAGGAGGCCGCUCCAGCAGCAGCCCUCACAGAAGCAGCUCAAGCCACCGGUAUUAGCGCUGAGGAGUUAGUGGACCCAGCUCCUCAGAUCUGCACUGCCACCAAAUACACUCUGACCAGUCCAGAAGUUUCAGCAGAAGCUGCGGUAGAAUCCGCUCCAAUAGUAAGAGAAGACAGUCCAUUCCCUGCCAUCCCCGAUGUCCAAGUGAAAACUCCAGCUGAAGUUGUGCUCGAGCCUGCAUCUCCAGAAAAAGCCCGGACUGACGCUCCAUUAGAAACCACAGAGAGUGCCUCCGCAGAAGCUGCCAAUGCCCUUGUACAAGCUGCUGAAGCCCCUUCAGAAGCUACUGAAGCUGUGCCUUUAGAUGCUAAAGUUGCUACAAAGCCUGCUGAAGUGGCUGCCAAGGUUAGGGAGAGCACCGAGGAGCUGGUGGACCCUGCUGCAGUAGAAGCUGAAGCUGCUGCAGAGCCUGUCGAUGCAGCUGAAGUAUCUGCCCCUGUGGAGAGCACAGAGGAGCUGGUGGACCCUGCUCCAGUGGUAGCUGAAGCUGCAGGAGAGGAGCUCCAUGCGGACGCCCCAGCUGAACCCAUUGAACCGUUUGAGGAGGCGGCGGCACCGCAAGAGCACGAUGAGCCUUUUAACAACAGCACUUAUAAAAACUACCAGCACCACAACUACAGCCCCAACACAUUUUCAGACCUGGAUGUGGAGAUGGCCAAGUUUCGUCUCCCGCAGCCCUCCUCCGUCAGACACUAGAGGAGUUGGCCUUGCUGCAAACCUUUAUAUUGCUUAAAGAUGAUGGUGUUGGCCCUUUUUGUGAUCAUUCCCUCACCUGUCAGAGCUGCAUGCAAUUCUGCUGUUAAAAUGUUCGAUUAUUAAAGCACAGAAAUGGGAAAUGAA